UGAGGAAACUGUAAAAGCUAUGCCGGGGAGGCGGCGCGGAGCUUGAUUCACCUUCACCUGCGCUGGGCACCCUCCUGACCCCUGGUUUCCGCCCGGAGAGCAGUGAGAUAUGAACGGACGGGUGGAUUAUUUAGUCACGGAGGAAGAGAUCAACCUGACCAGAGGACCCUCGGGGCUGGGCUUCAACAUCGUCGGUGGGACAGAUCAACAGUAUGUCUCCAACGACAGUGGCAUCUACGUCAGCCGCAUCAAAGAGGAUGGGGCUGCGGCCCAGGAUGGGCGGCUCCAGGAGGGUGAUAAGAUCCUCUCGGUAAAUGGUCAAGACCUGAAGAACCUGCUGCACCAAGAUGCUGUAGACCUCUUUCGUAAUGCAGGGUGUGCUGUGUCCCUGAGAGUACAGCACAGGUUACCAGUGCAGAAUGGACCUAUAGUACAUCGAGGCGAAGGAGAGCCAAGUGGAGUUCCUGUAGCUAUGGUGCUGCUACCUGUGUUUGCCCUCACCAUGGUAGCAGUUUGGGCCUUUGUGAGAUACCGAAAGCAGCUUUGAAAUGCUUGCUGUCUUUCAGUGUGUCCAAUGAACUAUAUCUAUCUCACUCACGGUCUCUGACACCCUCCCAUAUUCUUUCUUCUCCACGUAGCCAACACAUGAUUUAAAGUGACUGCUUAUCACCCAAAACCCUGCUAUUCAAAAUCUCCAAGACUUCAAUUCUAAUCGAAGAGUAAAGGAAUUAUUUGAAGAAAAGCUGGGGGCAGGGGGCGGGGGAGCCUUGCUUAGAAUAAACAAGCUAUAUAUUUUACUAGAACUGCCAAUAAAAAUUCAGCUAUCAUCCAAAGAGGACAAGCUCAGUCUUCCUGUCUUUAUGGAUGACACCUUUUUCUUAGCUGGCGUGCUUUGAAGGCUAGCUGUGCUAUGUGAAAGGAGGAGCUGAUUUUCUUUUCUUUUCUUUUUUUAAAUGAUUUUUCUUGGGAAGUAUUUGUGGCCUUUAAUGUAACUAUAUACCUAGAUGCCUAUAUUGGACAUAGGUGAAUGAAAUUUUUUCUUUUUUUUUAUUUAAAAAAGAAAAUACAUAUAUACAGUAAUACACAUGUACACACAUGCAUAAUAGGAUAAAAUUGAUGCCUUAUGGAGAAUUAAAAAGGUGAGAAAACUACUGGUUCCUGGGUUUCUAAUGGACAUUUUUUUGGGACUAGGGGAUCAUAUUCCUUUAUAUAUAUAUAAUCAAGACUCAUACUGAAGAAUGAGUUCUGGAUUAUAAAGAGAACUUACUUUUUCCGCUUCUCUUUGUCCACAAGUUAAAAACAUACACAGUGCUAAGGGAUGAUUGUAACUGAAACACUUCAAGAACUAUUGGGAGAGCACGUAUAAUGGGGAUGGGAAAGUUAGCUUUAAAAGAGGAUGUUCAGUCAGUGGCAUUAGGAAAAUAGUGACUGAAGCAGUUAGUUAAAAAUUGUAGAACAACUUGUGUUACACAGUAGCAACAGUGGUGUGGGAAACUGUAGUAAGGUAGCUCUCCUCAAGUCAAUUUGUUCAAAAGACAGGGGUGUAAAGAUGAUUCCUGCCAGUCUAUUUUACCAUACUGUUCAAGGAUCAUUGGCAUGGGGAUGGGAAGCCGAAGGGCCAAGUAAACCAUCCAGACAACUGAAAAAAGAUGAUGCCACAAGGUGGCACCUGAACCCCGCAAGCCGCUCAACAGUUUUCAGUUUGCAGCAUCAGGCAAAGCCUAAGAGAAGGAACGGCCUUCCUGGCAGGAUUCUGAUUGAGUUAAGAUGAGAAGGCCUGAAUUGAUUUAAGUUUUUCUUUUUGUGUAUUUUCCCCCAAAGCUAUAAACACUAGUUUUGGUUUUAAUAAGGUCAAUGGACCAUUUUUCAGAAAAGGGGAAGGAAUAAGGUUUGUUUGUUUGUAGAGGGUACAAGGAAAUUUGGUGAGCAUUUCUGAGGAAAGCCUGAGUACGCGUUGUAGAUAAUAGAUGCCAGAAAAUAGCAGGAGUAUUGGCGAGGUGGGAGCUGUCCUGUUCAAAUAGCAUCUACGGUGGUUUCAAAGUACUGAGGAGAGUUGAACCAAGUCUGUUUUUCACUUUAACAAAAUAAUUUCCAUCUUUUCAAUAAAUUGGCCAUCCUAUUAUUUUGACAUAAGAUUAUGAACAGUUUUCCUGACAGCCUAGCAGUCACUUAACAGAUGUUGAUUGCACAUUAGUUUUGUCAAGACACCUUUAGGGAAAUGCACAUACCUCAUCCGAAAGGACAUUGUGGUUACAGUUAGGAAGAAAACCUUUAAAAUGGAAUUAGCCAUGUAAGUGUAAGUUGUUUAUAUUACAGACAGCAAAAGAAAAUAGCUCCUGAGAUCUGGGCACUGAAGAUUUCAUAGAGGCGGGCAUCUUUAGGUGCCAAUCAUCUAGUAAGAGCAUGCAUAAAUAGGGGAAAAGUUAGAGUCUUAGGUUGAGCAAUAAACGAAACCAGUAAGAAAAAUACUGCCAUGCAAAACAACACAAUGCAGCAACAUAGAAGAUAAGCAGAUAACCAGCAAGUAUUGUAAGGAAUUGAGGAAAGGAAAGCCAUUGGGUGGUGGCAUCUGGGGAGAAUGGAAAGUCUUGAACAGUCCAAUGAGACUUUGCCUCUGGGUAAACAAACUAUUGAUACAGGGAGACAUUGGCUUUAAACAAUCUUCACAUAACAAAGCCAUUCAGUACUUUUUGAAACUGACUUAGUAUCAGGAGUCAUUGUAAGUUCCAUAGAAAGCAAGACAUAUUCCAGUUCUUGUCUUGACAGCAGCACUCUGGAGGCCCAAUGUCUGGUACCCUCCUUAUAUCUGAUGGCCUGGGUGACAGCUCUGCCGUAGGCCUGCUUACCUCUAGUAUUCACCUCAGGGCUUGGAAAUUUAUUUUGAAAGACCUUCAGACAUACAAAGUAAAACAAAUGACAAGGAGGAUAAAACACUGUUGUGUGUUGAUAUGUGUUGUAUUGUUGAUGUAGAUCAAAAAUAGCAUUGGUAGAAGUUUUACUUUAGUUGAUAAGGAUUCUGGUAACACUUGGAUCUCCUUAGGGAAAAAACAUUUGACCAAAACAUUUAAGUUUUAGGCAAGUACUUUAAUAUUUCACUCUUAGUUAGUUGUAUGAAAACUAAAAUUGUAAUAUUUGAGAUGUUGAGAAUCUAUGUAGAUUAUUCAAAUUUUAUGUUCCCUAUAGACUGACUCAAAUAUUCCUACCACCUUAAAGAUUAUAUAUGCUGUUCCUACCACAUAAAAUUAUAAUGUUUAAUGUUUUGAAAAUUGAUUGUAGGUAUUUUUAAGUCCCCAGAAAGUAUUUCUUGUAUUUGUCAUUGUGAAUAUAUGUAAUUCUAAUAGA